AUGGCGGAUAUUCCCCGGUUUCGAAAUCUUACUCUCACCCGCCAUGGCAAUGUCUUUGUCAUUACGAUGCAAAAGCCGCCAGAAAACAGGCUGAACUCCUGGUACUGCCAAGAAAUCAUCAGAGCGUUCCGCACGGUCGAGCGAAUCUUGGGACCAGACUCCGAAGGAGCGGUGAUUACAAGAGGGAACGAUGCCAAAUUCUGGUGUACAGGUCUCGAAUUAGAUGAAGGGGAUGACAAUCCUUUUGCAAACAGCGAUGGCUUCUAUCCUGUACCUCAUGAUUUCAAAAAGAUGCUUCACACGAUCCUCGAUUUUCCAUAUCCCACCGUCGCCCUUCUGACCGGCCACGCCUUCGGCGGUGCCUGCCCUUUCGCCCUUUCCCAUGACUACCGCAUCAUGAAUUCCAAACGCGGGUUUAUCUCCAUGCCACCCGUUAAUCUAGGUCUACAUUUUGACGGUAUCGGUGCCCUGCCGCGUCUCAAGCUAGGUCCGCGAGUUGCACGGAAGAUGCUUCUCGAAGCGCACAGAUGGACGGGCAGGGAGGCGUUGGAAGAUGGGAUUGUGGAUGCGAUCGCGGAGCCGGACAAGAUGUUCGAUGUAGCCAUGGAGCUGGCGCAGAAGUGGGCGCCAAAGGCGAAGAUGGGGGUGUAUGGUGUUUUGCGGGCUGAGCUGUGGGGAGAGGCGAUUAAGAAGUUUCAGCGGAUAAGCUAUGUGCAUAGUCGAGAGACGAGCAGAGCAGCAAAGGUCAAGCUGUAA